GUAACCGUCAAACCAUGCCGUCCCCAAGCAAAAUGCGGUCGGCGGCAUCGUCGUCGCCGACCCAGCGCGAGCCAGCAAUCGUAGUCCUAGAUGUGAAGAAAGUGGCGUAUUCUACUGUCCCCACCCCCCACGAGCUAGCCUUAUCACAGGAACUGUUGGGACUUCAAGCGGACCGCGACGUGAUUGAAAAGCGCUACGAAGAUCGCAUCGUCGACCUUGAAGCUCAAGUCCAAGCUGCGCACAUGCGCGAGGCGGAAUUGCUCGCCCGCGAACAACGCAGUCAUGUCGAGCAGAUCCAGCUCCAGCACGCCGCGGUCCUGGCCGAGCGCGCCGUAUGGACGUUGCGUCUCGAGAGCUUGACAACACAGUUGGCAAAGCUAUCGCACGACCAAGAAACCCAGAAACAAUGGCACGAACGGUUUCGCUUACACGCGUGCUCACCAUCGAUCCAUCCCCUUGCCGACGACGUAUUUGCUCGGUUUGGCCAAAGCAUCGCGUUGCUUCCCACAACAGAGUCCCCCCAUGUGGUCCGGGCCGGGUGCCUGGACUUCUUGGCAUGCAUUCUCCGGGAAACCACCACGGACGCCGUGCUCGGUCCGGUGCUUAUCGGCCUCGUGCACGUGUCCAUAUACGUCCCCCCUGGCGGUUCCAGUCCGAGUCCAUUGCGCCACGAAAUCGUCAAAGCCGGCACGCUGCCCCCCCUCGUCCGGAUCUGCGACGUCGUGACCAACCCGGCGAUACUCACCGAAGCUGCGCGACUGCUGGCGUCGCUGGCGUCGACCCCGCUGAACAAAACCGCCAUGGCCGCCAAGCACGCCGUUCGCGCCAUGGCCAAGCUGCUCACCACGUACGAAACAAACGCCGUUAUGUACAAGUCGGUUCUCCAGUUUGCUCUAGUGGCCCUCUCCAACUUGACCCACGAUUCAGAUGUUCUGCGCACGCAAGUGGCACAAUCGGGGGUGGUGCCCUGCAUCGCCCGACUGUUGGCGGAUGUACCGGACAUAUCUGUGCGCAUUGCGGCGGCGCACACCUUGGCGAACAUUGGAUUCGCCGGCACGACCAACCAAGGCGCGGUGUUCAUGGCGCAAGGGGACAUGGAGCUCAUCAAGCAGCUCGGCGCGACGGCGAAAGCACUCCAGUCGCCGGUCACGAUGUCUAUUCCUCUAACAUCUCCGCCCGCCACGUCACAACCCCCCGUUCUUGGUCGGUCGAGUGAAAGUCAUCUCUUGCAGCACUGCGCACGGGGCCUUGCCAACUUGGCGUCGACCAAAGUGAACCAAAUUUCCAUCGGGUACAGCGACGCUCUUCCCACCAUGCUGCAGCAAAUGGUGGAUUCCAACGACCCGCCCGUUCUCACCGCCUACGGGCUGGCCAUUGCCAGUUUAUGCCACCAGUGCAAAGUCAACAAGGUGCGAGUCGCGGGCCAGAACGGGCUCGCGGUGCUUCUGUAUGUCGUUGCAACCGCCGAGAGGUUCCACCACAACCCUGACGUCCUCUCGGCCACCUGCUUGGCGAUUGCGUCCGUAGUCGCCAUGGACGCGAACCUCCGGAUUUUGGAAGACAUGGACGGCCACGACGUGCUGCUCGCGCUGUGCAUGUCCACGAUGAACGUCCGCGUUCUAGACGCCAGCGGCCGCGCCAUUGCCGCCAUGGCGCCGACGUUGGAGUACAAACACAACGUAUGGCAACAAGGCAAGCCAUUCAAGGUCCAAGACAGUGGCGGGCUCGCGGCGUUGGAGCGCGUCGCCGCUCUCGUGUACAACAACACCAGUAGUAGCAGUAGCUCUAAUACCACGUCCAAGGACCUGCCCACGUGGCUGCAGCAUGGCCUUGACGUCCUUCGCAUGACGCCCAAGCAAAUGGCGCUCGCGUUGGCCAGUGGCCAGCCCCACGACGUGACCAACCCCAAGUCGGACGAGGCCGACAGCGUGUGGGACGAAGUGUUUGCAAGGGACGCCGUCGCCGUGGAAGCGCUCGUGCCCAUCGCCCCCGAUGCCUUGUGCUCGACAUUUUACAAUGAAACGUCCUAAUGAGCUACUGUAGUAGUACAUCUCUCGAAAAGCAUGCACUUGAUCGAGGGGGGAAUUCUGUACUGUAGUCCUGUGC